AUAACGAAGGACGACUUCAAUAAAUAUGACUGGAUCUUUGGAAUGGACGAUGACAACAUCUCAGAAUUAAAUCGUCUGAAGCCAUCUGGAAGCAAAGCCAAAGUUGAAUUGCUCGGCUCCUAUGAUUCUUCAGGAGAGAUAAUAAUUCGUGAUCCUUACUACGAUAGUAACAGCGCUGGAUUUGUCAAAGCUUAUGAGCAGUGUGUCAGAAGUGUCGAAGCAUUCCUAAAAGUUCAAUAAUUAAAAAAAAAAAAAAUAUUGUUAAAUAAUCUUCAAAGAUUAUGAAUAAAAUGAGUGAGAAAAAACGUGUAUUGAUGGUUUGUCUAGGUAAUACAUGUCGCUCGACGAUGGCAGAAGCUAUUUUUGAUGAUUAUAUAACAAAAAUGGGUUUGAAAAAUACAUGGGAAGUAAACAGCGCAGGACUACGCGGUUAUCACGCCGGACAGACUCCUGACGAGCGUGCUCUGGUUACUCUUCGAGGAAGAGGAAUCGUUAAUUACUCCCACAAAGCCCGAGUUAUAACAAAAAAUGAUUUUUAUUCUCACAAUUGGAUCUUUGGAAUGGAUCAAUACAACAUUGAACAACUUGAAAAAAUAAAACCGGAAGGUAGUAACGCUAAAAUUGAAUUAUUAGGAAGUUACAAUCCUAAUGGAGACAUAAUUAUUGAAGAUCCCUUCCCAGAUAAAGAUUGUCGAGGUUUUGUAAAAGCUUUUGAACAAAGCAACAGCAGUAUUAAAAAUUUUUUGGAGCUCAACUCCAAAAAAUAAAUACUCAUUUAACUUUACGUCCUUCUACGUAAACAUUUACAAUGUUACGAUCGUCUCCAGAGUAUAUUAAUCGUUGCAAUUGUUCCUUGAGUGUUAAAGUUUUUAAAUUGUCUAAUGGUGAAUCUUUCGCUUUUAAAUCAAUGACCAAAGCAUCGAAUUUUUUCCCAGCGAUUAAAUUUCCCACUUGGCUAUCUAUUGACAGCGCUGUUGAAAAAAAAUUUAUCAAUAAAAAUAAUUUAUUUAUUUAAUAAAAAAUUACCUUCAGCUCCGCCUAAAGUUGCUAAAUAAAAAGCAUCGACAAAAUCAAUCGGCUUAUAAGAGUCACCUUGGAUAAAUGCAAUGUGAUUCGAUACUUCUAGCGCUGAUCUCAUUACAUCCAGCAUACACAUCAAAUUACCACCUGCUACGUCUGAAGAAUUAAUUAAUUAUAAAAUAAAAUUAAAUUUUUUAAAUUUAAAUAAGCUUGUUUAAAAAUAGAAAUUAAAUUACCAGUGCCUAGUCCUACGGUGAUAUUAUUUCUUCUCAGUCUCUGGAUAUCACAGAGCCCGCUUCUUAAGAAAGUAUUCGAAGAUGGACAGUGAAUUAUUGAUGAGUUAUACUUGGUUAAAAUUUUUAACUCACUGUCUUUGAG